AACGCAGCAAUUUUUGUUGUGUCCGCAGCGAAAAUGUUUAAACUCGGUUAAAAUAACACAAGCAAUAUAUAAUUAGCUCGCGGUUUAGCAAUCAAACAGUUUGAUCUAAAACAAACCAUUGUUAGUCUGAGUAAUAUGGGCGAUUUCUUCAAGUCGCUGAACUUCAACUACUUUAACACCACAUCCAGCUUGAGCGAUGCUGGUGGCAAUGGUGAAAGAGGAGGAGGCGGAGGAAGUGGAGGAGGAGGUGCCAGCAAUGCCACAGCCAAUAGUGGCAGCCUGGACAAUGAUUACGUUGGGCAAUGCCUGGAGAUAUCUGGCCAAAAGCUGCGCACAAAAUGUGUCAUAGCCGAAGGCGGCUAUGCGUUUGUGUACGUCGCGCAAGAUGUAAAAACUGGCACGGAGUACGCCCUCAAGCGGCUGAUCGCCGCCGAUCAGCAGGCCUGCCGCGCCAUCAACAAUGAGAUUAGCGUGCACAAGCAACUAUCUGGACAUGGCAACAUUGUCACUUGCAUCGGCUCCAGCUGCAUUGCUCCAACGUCGCAGCAGGGUGCACAAUUCCUGCUGCUAACCGAACUCUGCAAGGGUGGCUCCUUGGUGGACUGUUUUAGGGCGGAGAAUGUGGCGUUCGAUCCGCCCGUUGUCCUGCGCAUAUUCUAUCAAAUGGCUCGCGCCGUUGCCCACAUGCAUACACAGUCGCCGCCCAUAGCACAUCGUGAUAUAAAGAUUGAAAAUUUCCUUAUUGGCAAUGAUAAGCAAAUCAAACUUUGCGACUUUGGCUCGGCCAGCAAGGAGCUGCUGGCGCCCACAUUUGAAUGGAGCGCACAGCAGCGCAACAUGCUCGAGGACCAGCUGAAUACGGUGACAACGCCCAUGUAUAGGGCGCCCGAAAUGCUGGACACCUGGUCGAACUAUCCGAUCGGUCCCAAGGCGGAUAUUUGGGCGCUGGGCUGCAUUCUAUAUUUCCUGUGCUAUCAAAAGCAUCCGUACGAGGAUGGCGGCAAGCUGCGCAUCAUCAAUGCCAACUAUAUUAUGCCACCGGACUCUCGUUAUCAUUGCUUCCGAGAGAUUAUAAAGGGCUGCUUUAAGGUGAAUCCAGCCGAGCGUUACGACAUCUCGAUGGUGCUGGAGCGCUUGGCGGCCAUUGCCGAGACGCACAACUGGUCACUCAAGGGACCAUUGGAUUUGCGCGGCAUGCCCAUUGAAACGUCGUCAGCUGAGAGCCCGGCGAGAAGUGUGCCCGAAGUGAGCCAAUCCGAGUUCUAUUGUGACAAUCCAAAUCCGACGGCCACGCCCUCAACAUCUGCGCAUAUGCCACAAGCUGCGGGCGCUGGCUCGAGUUCUGCGUCCAGCCAUGGCAACGGGAGCUUGCUUUCCUCGUUGCGCGGUGGUGCGGGCACUCUGUUCAAAAACCUGAAGGACACCUCAACCAAGGUGAUGCAAACCAUGCAGCAGUCCAUUGCACGCAACGAUCUGGAUAUAAGUCACAUCACUUCGCGUAUUCUGGUUAUGCCCUGCCCCUCGGAUGGCUUUGAGUCCACAUACAAGACGAACAACAUUGAAGAUGUGCGUCUGUCGUUGGAGAGUCGCUUUGCGCCGCAAAAGAUAAGCAUUUAUAACUUUGGAGCACGGACUGUGCCCCGCCUGCCGCCGCCAGUGCGCACCGUGGAGGCGGGCUCUGUUUACGGUUGCCCACAGGCGCAUGCACCCAAUCUGCAGGGCCUGUUCACUGUCUCGGCGGAUAUGUACAACUUCCUAAAUGCAGAUCCCAAAUCUGUUGUCAUUGUGCAAACGGGCGACUCCGGCGGCUGCACAGCAGCCACUGUCAUUUGCGCUCUGCUCAUGUACGCCGAUCUGCUGCACGAGCCGGAGGAUGCGGUGCAGGUGUUUGCUGUUAAACGUCACACCAUCAAUUUGCGCGCCUCCGAGUUUCGUUAUCUAUACUAUUUUGGCGAUAUAUUACGUCCGACACCUCUGUUGCCGCACUACAAAAACAUCAACCUAGUUUCAAUUAGCUGCCAGCCCGUGCCGCGCAUGACAAAGGCGCGUGAUGGCUGCCGCAUUUACAUGGAGGUUUACUGCAACGAGAAGCUGCUGCUCACCACGUUGCAGGAAUACGAGAAAAUGCGCUUAUACCUCGCGGGUCCUGGCAAAAUUGUUUUGCCCAUCAAUUUAACAGUUUGCGGCGAUUUGACUGUGGUUUUGUACCAUGCGCGAAAUGCGCUAAAGGGCAUGGUGCGUCCACAGGGCCUCAAGAUUUGUCAGUUCCAAAUUAACACUGGCUUUGUGCCCGAGCCGGAGACACUAAUUACGUUCAACGCUCAUGAUCUCGAUGAUCUGCCUGAUCCAGAGCAGGUGCCGCCAAACUUUUGUGUAUCGCUCUCGUUGAGCGUUACGGAAACGGAGACUCUGCCCAGCCACAAGCCGCCGUGGCUGCCAGCCAAGGCCAAGCGUGCUGCGCAAAAUCUAUUUAGCUCCGAUUUGGAGUAUGUCGAGAUGCUGGAUAAUUUUGUAACCAAACCCACGACACAAUCCUCACCGCCACCGUCUGUUACAAAGCCGGAGCGAUCUAGCUCACCGCUGGUGCUACCCGAUGUCACGGAAAUUGCUCAUGAUGCACCGGCAGCAAUGCCAGAACCCUCGCCGCCCAUCGACUUGCUCAAUCUGAAUCAGCAGCCAAGUGCAGGCGCCUCGGCGGCUGCUGCUGAUCCGCUGGCAAGCGCCAUGCCCAGCUCAGAUGCCAGCUUCGAUCUGUUGGGCGCCUUUGGAGAUGAUGACUCCACGGGCAUUGGAUCAGCACCCAUUCCGGAUGUGCUGCCGCCGCCACAAGCAGCGCCACAGCCCAAAAUCAAUUCAGAUCUUUUUGAUAUAUUCGGCUCUAUUGAUCAGAGCGGUGGGAUCGGCCCGACCAACCUGAAACCAACCACUAGCACAAACCUGCCACCUUUUAUGGGCUCGGUACCUACCUUUGUGACGACACCGGCUGCACCCAGAAAGGAACCAUCGCCUACGCAACCACAAAAACCUUUAGAUCCAUUUGCUGAUCUUGCCAAUCUGGCUUCGGAUCUGAACUUAAACUUCAACCGUAGCACGCUUGGUGCCAAGUCGGCGGGCAACACGCCCGUUGGUCAGAGUCCGCAGGCCACACAAUACACGAGUCCUACGCACAAACCUGCCCCGAGUCAACCACAGACUCAAGCUCAGGCACAAGCGAAACCUCAACCGCAGGCACAGCCCGCGUUUGCCAGGACCCCACCGCAGCCGCAACCGCAACCCCAGGCCGGCCAGUCGCGUCCCGACUACAGCCGCACCCACUUUGAUGCGCCAAAGUCUUCGCAACAGACGGCUGCUGGAGGUGGUCCCAAGAGCUCAGACAUUUUUGCAGAUAUUCUGGGACAACAGGGCUACUCGUUUGGCAGCAAAAUGAAUCAGGGUCCACGCUCCAUCAACGAAAUGCGCAAAGAGGAGCUGGUCAAGGAUAUGGAUCCCAAGAAAGUGCGCAUAAUGGAAUGGACCGAUGGCAAGAAGAACAACAUACGCGCCUUGCUCUGUUCCAUGCAUACGGUGCUCUGGGAGAAUGCCAAAUGGCAGCGCUGCGAAAUGUCCACCAUGGUUACGCCGGCUGAGGUAAAGAAGGCCUAUCGACGUGCCUGCCUGGCCGUGCAUCCCGAUAAACAUAAUGGGACCGAGCACGAGGAAAUAGCCAAGCUCAUUUUUAUUGAAUUAAAUAAUGCUUGGACGGAUUUUGAGAACGAUGCCACGCAGCAAAACAUGUUCAAUGCAUAAAAUGCGUCCUUAAAC